ACGGUUUAUUUUGUCGAUGACUUAUCACUUGUAAGAUCUUUCUCAUGUUUAAAACAACUGUUCAACUUAUAGGUCAAUAGUUUCUGACAGUCAAAAAAAUUAUUAUGACAAGGCAAAUUUUGUAGAGAUUUCUUAAAGAAACUGUUUCUGACGAAGUAUGUUAACAGUUUAUGAAGUCAUGAUGGCAUAAUCGUAGGUUGGAUUCCUGGAGUUUGUUCCCGGUCUAAAACAUUUCACAGUGCAACUUCAAAAUAGCUAUAGAAGGCCAAGGAGGAAAAAAGAGGACACAUUUGAAAAUCUCUCGUCACUCUACCCACAGGAACACCCAGGGGAUAUGCAAUACACAUUGAGUGCCCAGUGUGUCUGGUACUUAACGGCAAUGGUGAGAUAAUUAAACCAGGAGUCUGUGUUAAGUCAAAUCAGAUAGAAGAAUACUCACAUAGGAUAUCUAAUCAACAAUAUCACUGGAUAGAAGAAUCGGCAAUGGAAUUACAUGCAUUUGUUUGUCUUUUGUUCUUGUCUGUUUGUCUGCCUGGCGUGUUUGUUAUUGCUGAUGAAGGAUGUUGCGGAAAGGCAUCGAAUGGUCAAUGCUUAAAAUGCUGUAUCAACUAUUUAUUUGUCGAUGGACAUUGCUCUGCAUGCGAGCCCGGACUCUGGGGGAACAAUUGUUCCGAUGUGUGUGUUUAUCCUUUUUUUGGUCUCACGUGUUUACAGAAGUGUGAAUGCGACAAGCAUCUAUGUGAUCCAGUUACAGGCUGUCGGGAGGAAAGUACAACAAAAGACAUCACAAAAACAACAGCUAGUGUGACUGAAAUGAAUUCCAUAAAUAUAGGACAGAAAAGCAGUGAAAAAGUUAAAUGGAUGCCGAAUAUAAUUGACAGUUCUCAUUUACAAAUAGUAUUCACUGUCGGUGGCAUGGUUCUCGGAUUUUGUAUUCUAACGAUAGCUUUGCUUGUAAUUAUGAUCAUUCGAAAACAACAAACCAGUCGAGAUGUAAAUGUAGAAGGUCACGAACUGCAGACGUUACGUCAUAAUCAGGGAAAUCUACAACAGAAGGUUACCCCCGUGGAAAUGAACACCUAUAGAAGCAUAAGGAAGGUGGGGUCCAAAGCUACAUGUUCUGACAAUAUGAGUUCUCAUUGCUAUCAGGAUAUACAGGAAUACAUGAGUAUCGAUGGAAAUGCUGAAAAAUGUGACACAGAAGAAAAUGACAGUUUGUGCGAGUACCUCAAUAUGGAAGACUCUUUAAUGACAGACGAUGGGUAUCAAAUCCCGAUUAUCAAAAAGGCAAUGUUAUCAGAGAAAUAGCAUAGGAAUGAUUUAAUAAAUUCUUAAAACUGAUAGCCCUUAGUAGUGUAUCAAGCCUGUCUCUUGAAGCAGUGCUCUGGACAAAAAUUCCAAAGUGUUGGUAUGUGUAAGGACUAUUCCCCACGUUAUUAUCAACAAACAAUAGUUACUUCUAUUUAUAUGUUGACUCGAUAUAUCAAGUAAAAUUGAAAUAAAAGAUACCACAUCAGAG